CCAAAAUAAACCUAAGCUUGAGGUGUAGUAUAAUCGUGUUAUCGAUAGACCUUCCUUACCAGUGUUUAUGUUUGUCACAAUCAGGGCGCAUUAAUUAUAUCAAAAUAAUAAAGAAAUAGAAAGAAAAUAGCCACGAAAUGUCCUUCCUGCGCGGGUCCGUGAGCUAUGUGUGGUGCACCACCAGUGUCCUGGGCAAGGGAGCCACCGGUUCCGUGUUCCAGGGGGUCAACAAGAUCACCGGCGAAUCGGUGGCGGUGAAAACCUUCAAUCCCUACAGUCACAUGCGACCGGCGGAUGUCCAGAUGCGGGAAUUUGAGGCUCUUAAGAAGGUGAACCACGAAAACAUAGUAAAGCUGCUAGCGAUUGAGGAGGAUCAGGAGGGACGUGGCAAGGUGAUCGUAAUGGAGCUCUGCACCGGCGGAAGUCUCUUUAAUAUCCUGGACGAUCCAGAGAACUCGUACGGUCUGCCGGAACAUGAGUUCCUACUGGUACUGGAGCACUUGUGCGCUGGAAUGAAGCACUUGCGGGAUAACAAGCUGGUGCAUCGCGAUCUCAAACCCGGAAACAUAAUGAAGUUUAUCUCGGAGGACGGACAAACCAUCUACAAGCUUACGGAUUUCGGUGCUGCCAGAGAACUGGAGGACAAUCAGCCAUUUGCCUCCCUUUACGGCACAGAAGAGUAUCUGCAUCCCGAUCUCUACGAGCGAGCUGUUCUGAGGAAGUCAAUCCAGCGAUCGUUCACCGCCAAUGUGGAUUUGUGGUCAAUUGGGGUCACUCUCUACCAUGUGGCCACCGGCAAUCUGCCUUUUAGACCUUUUGGUGGAAGGAAAAACAGGGAGACCAUGCACCAAAUCACCACCAAAAAGGCUUCUGGAGUGAUUUCCGGCACUCAGCUGUCCGAAAAUGGACCAAUUGAAUGGUCCACCACGUUGCCACCGCACGCACAUCUCUCACAGGGACUGAAAACCCUGGUGACUCCUCUUCUAGCUGGCCUUCUCGAGGAGAAUAGGGAGAAAACAUGGUCAUUCGAUCGGUUCUUCCAUGAGGUGACGCUGAUCCUCCGAAAGCGUGUCAUCCAUGUGUUCUUCACCAAUCGCACUAGUUCGGUGGAAGUGUUCCUGGAGCCAGACGAGCAAAUAGACAACUUCCGAGAGCGUAUUUUCCUGCAAACUGAGGUACCGCUGGAGAAGCAGAUCCUAUUGUUCAACAACGAGCAUCUGGAGAAGAAGGUUACUCCACGAACGAUAGCUAAAGCAUUCCCUGCCACCACAACAGAGCAGCCAAUAUUCCUUUACAGCAACGACGACAACAAUGUUCAGUUGCCCCAGCAAUUAGAUCUCCCCAAGUUCCCAGUCUUUCCUCCCAAUGUUUCAGUGGAGAAUGACGCCAGUCUGGCCAAGUCCGCUUGUAGUGUUGGUCACGAAUGCAAAAGACGCGUGGACAUCUUUACCUCCAUGGAUAUUCUUAUUAAAAAGGGAGUGGAACACUUUAUAGAGAUGCUAGUGACCACGAUAACUCUACUAUUAAAAAAAACUGAGAGCUUUGACAACUUGCUUUCCACGGUGAUUGAUUAUGCAGAUGUUGUGCAAAGCAUGGCCAGAGUGACUAAAGGAGAUCAGGAGAUAAAGACCCUGCUGAGUGCCUUGGAAAAUGUCAAAAACGACUUUGAUGGAGCCGCGGAUGUGAUCUCACAGAUGCACAAACAUUUUGUGAUAGAUGACGAACUUAACGAUCAAUGGACCUCCUCCAUGCACGGAAAGAAGUGUCCUUGUAAGACCAGAGCCAGUGCCCAGGCCAAGUAUCUGGUAGAAAGGUUGAGGGACUCCUGGCAGCACUUGCUCCGAGAUCGUGCUACGCGCACAUUGACCUACAACGAUGAACAGUUCCAUGCCUUGGAGAAGAUCAAAGUGGAUCACAAUGGCAAACGCAUUAAGGCCUUGCUCUUGGAUAAUGUAAAUCCGACAGUAGCACAAAUCGCAGAGUGCCUGGCAGAUUGGUAUAAGUUGGCUCAGACCGUGUACCUUAAAACUCAAAUUUUGGAGAAGGACGUGCGCGAUUGCGAAAGGAAGCUGAACGGCAUACGGGACGAGUUGUAUCACGUAAAGUCGGAGCUUAAACUAGAUGUGGACACAAAGACAAUCAACAACAAUAACCAGCUGGCCAAGAUUGAGGAGCGGAAUCGGUUAAGGGUCAUGCAGCAGCAGCAACAGGAAGUUAUGGCUGUCAUGAGAACCAACAGCGAGAUAAUAAGUUUGCUCAGCAAACUGGGUAUUACAAACGGAGGUCUUGAAAGUAGUUAGACUGGCAUAUCAUGAAAUCGCUAGAAUAUUUUAUUCGCCUUUACCUUGUAAGUUAACAAUAAAUGUUUGCUUUUAUAUUGGAA